AUGGUCUACCUCGGUCCCUCUCGAGGAUGCGAAACAUGCAAACGGCGGAGGAAGAAGUCAUGCCUGCGAUGCCGCAAUUCAAACCGCACAUGUGGCGGCUAUGACGAACAGGCCAGCAAGACCCUGAUCUUCCGACGGAACCACACGCAGACCCCAAAUCCGACGCGCACAGACUGGGCGACUGUAGAGCCCCUCGCGCGAAAGUGUAGUCUACCAAUCCGAGCACCGUAUCCCGGCACAGAUAUCCUGCCGGAUGACGCUGUCCCAAAAGAAGUGAGCGAGGACGGGGUAGUGGCGUAUGCAGUGCGGGCAUUCUUCUAUGACUUUUCCAUAUCAGCACUGGAUAGCACAUCUGUUGGCUUUCUCAAGGAUCUGGCGGCAAAGAUCCAGCAAACAGGGCUGGAUUCGGUUCUUGCAAAGGCCUGCACGAUGAUUGGCUAUGCGAAUCAUGCUAGGAAGCUUCGUCGACCGUCUUUUACGACCAAGGCAGAGGUGCUGUACCAUGAGCUGCUAAGGUUUCUGGCGAAAGAGAUUGCGACAGUGUCCGGGGAAGACAGGUCAGAUCUUAUUCAGCUGGCUUGGCUGAUGGGUCUGUACGAGGUGGUCGUGGCUGAUGAGACACGACUUGAGCAAAUUGAUGUACAUGUUAGAGGGAUAGUGGGGAUGCUGCAAGUCGAGAACUCACCCUUGGGCUUUGUCCGUGGAGCAUUUUCUGCUUGCUCCCUUUUUCCUAGUGCACCGAGCUUGCCACAUUCGGUCAAUGACCUGGGACGUCUACAAGACAUCUUGUUUGACAUAGGCCCUCUGCGGAUGGAAGCAGAACUUGUCCUUGCGGAUUUGGCAUUAACUGAGUCACAUCUCGUUGCCCUUCGACAGAGGGUAAGCAUCCUUAAUAAUCGUCUAGCAAAAUGGGAGGAGAGUGUUGCGCCGGAGAGCAAACCCGUCACAAUAGGCCACAUACCAGCGGGUAAUAGCUCGUAUAUUGAAGUCGGAUACUGGCCUGGGCCAUUACACAUGUAUAUUGAUCUUCGCGCGGCAGCCAUCUUGAACAUUAGUCGCGUUGCGCGAUGCUACCUCCUCGACCUCAUCUUCAGGCUCAAUGAUAUGCAGGCCGACGGGGAGGACGAUGGUCAAGAGAUAGAUGAGGCUGUCCAGCUCAUUCAGGACUUUACCUCUUCGAUCCCGUACCACCUAGUCGAAGACUUGCAUUCAUUCUUCGCAAUUGUGCAACGUGGCCAUCGCAUCGAAGAACCCGGACGCGCAGUUGGAGGAUUACUGCUAAUGUAUCCACUGUACAUUGCUUCUCGGCUAUCCAUCGUACCACUGGAAAUGCAGGACUACUUCAGACGGUGUCUGUUCUGGAUUGGGCAAAACAUGGGUGUUGGACAUGCCUCCCUACUAUCUAAUUUUGGACCGCACGAGCGCAGGGUGAAGAAAUAUCUCGAAGAAGCAACCAGAGGUCUGUUCCCUCGGCCUAGAAUUCCAUGCCUGACAGAGCUAGAAUCCAUACUCGAAGAUCUCAGAAACGCACUCCGUUCUCGAUGGGCUGGCGCUAAAGACGUGUGGUCUAUUUUCGCGUCGCACUCCUUCCGAGAUGGAUAUGAAGCGUACUGGGACGUCGAGAGCUUCCGCCAGUUUCUCGCCAGCCGACAUCCGGGUAUCGCUUCCCAUGAGACGACGUAUCUGCUCUGGCGGUGUCUGCAUUUCUACGCGCAUCAUCCAUUCCCGCACAGUUCUCGCGGGAGCAGGAUCGAUGAAAAGGGGUUCCAGCGGGCGAUUGCCCUCCUUGCGUUUCGAGGAACAGGUUUACUAGGGACGCAGGAGCGGGGGGAUUACUACUGGCGCGAUGACGAGGCAGCAUUUCAGCAAGCUGACUUUCGGAGGAUCGUGAGAAGCCUUAGUGAGCUUUCGAUAUACUAUCCUGCGGAGCAUGAGUCGACUGUGACGGAUGUAAUGGACGUCCUGGCUACGACGCUGCCUCACUCGACGGCGCUGGCGCCGUCGCCGGAUCAGCUGCGAGAUGCUGCUCUGCGGAUACUACCUCAGCCAUCCACGGGGUAUCGUCUUUUUCGAGACGGGUUCUCGUUGUUCGUCCGGUUACUCCUGCAGUUGAGACUGUGGGACGUCCAGGGGUCAUGUUUGCCGUCUGGGAUAUUCAGCGACGAAUCUGAUUGCCAGAAACUGGCAGAGAGCAUCACCGAGGCGAUUUCUAAUGAAGAUCAGACAAUUGAUCCUGGGAUCGUGACUGACGUUCUGCCAGGUGUUCGCGAGCGAUUCUACCACUUCUGGGGCGUCAUAUUCCAGCCCCAAAGUUUACGUGAUAAGAUCGUACCUCCAGAGGAAUGUUUACCGAACCGUACCCUGGCGGCAGUUUCUCUCCUGCUUUCAGUCGCCACGAGGGAUGCGUCUUGGCCACGGCAAUUGCUACAGACGCAAGACCUGGGAAUGGACAAUCUGCUUGAACAAAUACGUGGCGGUCGCAAUCCACAUAUUGUAUUGUUCACAAAUGAGACUUGCACAGCUGUGUUAGGGGCAUAUAUCCCCAAUCCUUCGAGCCGUGACACAGAAUCACAGUGCACCAGCAACAGCCCGCUGGACGAUAGCGGUCACUUUCUCUUUCAGCUAAGUCCGAGGUUUUGCCUGCUACGGUCGAUCAAAUCAAAUUCAUCGCUGGAAGAGUUGUUCCGUGCUGACAGCGUAUCCUCACUCGAGAGUACGACAAUGGAUGAGAAACCGUCACGCCCUUAUACCGUAGGCCAUAUAGGCGCGGGAAGAGGGACUCGUCUGCGCGUUGAUCCACAGAGUCUGACAGUUACAAUGGUGGUCGAUCUGGACGAAUCAAGUGAAGAGAGAGCCAUCUACACAGAUGUGUGCAGGCGGCAGAACGGGCAAUGGGAGCUUACUGUCCAUCCUGCGCAACUCCAUAUACUCCGCGUUAGGCCCAGCGCCAGCACACCGACUUGGAGCAGGAAUACAAACAGCGAGGCGGUAAUCAGUGGAGAGGAAUUGAGGAACAGGAUUCAUGGUUUUGGCUCUACGAACAGCGAAAUACCCAAGCCUGGGGCUCAAGAUUGA